AUGGUUUUCUCCUCCAUCCAAGCCUAUCUUGAUUCAUCCAACUGGCAACAGGCUCCUCCGAGCAAUUAUAAUCAUGACGGAACAGGCGCCUCAGCAAAUGGAGGUCAUGUUCUUCGUCCUCAGCUGCAGCCACAACAGCAGCCGCAUCCUAAUGGGAGCGGGGGAGGAGGUGGAGGUGGAGGUGGCUCGAUCCGAGCAGGAUCAAUGGUGGACAGAGCAAGACAAGCAAACGUAGCCUUGCCCGAAGCAGCACUGAAAUGUCCAAGAUGCGAAUCCACCAACACCAAGUUCUGCUACUUCAACAACUACAGCCUCACUCAACCACGCCACUUCUGCAAGACCUGCCGGAGAUACUGGACACGUGGCGGAGCUCUCCGCAACGUCCCAGUCGGCGGUGGCUGCCGGAGAUCAAGUAUGGGCGGUGGGAACUUGGAGGAUUCUUCUAAUCCUAAUCCAUCCGCAAAUGGGUUUUACCCUUUUGAGUCGCCGAGGCUAACUUCAGCGUCAAUCUCUUCUGCUUUAGCAUCGCAGUUUUCUUCGGUUAAAGUUGAAGAUAAUCCUUACAAAUGGGUUAAUGUCAAUGGUAAUUGCUCUUCCUGGACUGAUCUUUCUGCUUUCGGCUCUUCUCGUUGA